UGCAAGGUUAGACCGUCAGUGCUGUUAUGCUAGAGGAAGAAUGAAAGUUUGCUCACGCUGCUCUUGUUUUGGUUUGCAUCGUGUUUCACUUUAGCUAGCCGAUUAGCUUACUGAAGCCCAGCCAUGUCUGCCAUGUGGCGGCGGCUGCAGGUGAAGGUGGGACCGGCUCGUGGAUUACUCACCUCCACACAGGUGACACGUCGAUCCACAUGGCUGAACGGACAACUGUCUCUAUGUCAAAGCUUUAGCACAGGCACAUCUCUACGAAAUGACUUCUUCAAAGAUCUGGAGACCCAUAUGGAAGCUAUGCGGAAGAAGGCGGUGGACGCGCUUCCAGGGAGCAGCUGGACUCCUCUGGAGAUCAACCCCAACCUUCCUCCAGAGAGGGCGGAUAUCGUGAUCGUCGGAGGCGGGGUGAUGGGCUGGUCCAUCGCCUACUGGCUGAAACAGAAGGAGAUGGUGCGCGGAGGGGUGCGGGUCCUGGUUGUGGAGAAAGACCCAACGUACUCCCAGGCCUCCACUGUGCUGUCUGCUGGGGGGAUCCGACAGCAGUUCUCCUUGCCGGAGAACAUCCACCUCUCCCUGGCCUCUGCCGACUUCAUGAGGAACAUCAAUACUGCAAACUGUCACACCGCUGAAUCCCGUCAGGAGCAUCUCGGCGUGUUGAACGAAGACCCCAUAGACCUGCAGUUUAACCACUCGGGAUACCUUUUCCUGGCCAGUGAGGCGGUGGCUCACAUCAUGGAGGAGAACUACAGCACCCAAAGAUACGCUGGAGCCAAAGUGUCUCUUCUGUCUCCGACACAACUGAAGGAGAAGUUUCCGUGGGUAAACACAGAGGGUGUGGUUCUUGCUUCAUACGGGCUGGAGAAUGAGGGCUGGUUUGACCCAUGGACUCUGCUGAACGCCUUUAAGAGGAAGGCCAUCUCCAUGGGAGCCAUUCAGUGCUGUGGGGAAGUCACAGAAUUUAAAUAUACGACAAACGUGAUGACGACGACUGAUGGAGAAAAGCUGGAUCUGAGGAGAAUAAAGUCAGUCAAAGUGCAGAUGCCAAACAGCCUGGAGUACCAGCCAGUGGAGUGCGCUAUUGUGGUGAAUGCAGCAGGAGCCUUUUCUGGUAAACUGACCGAGAUGCUGGGAAUUGGCUUUGGCCCCAAGCAGUCCAUUGCUGGAAUCCCGCUGCCUGUUGAGCCACGAAAAAGGUAUGUGUAUGUGGUCCACUGUCCCGAUGGUCCCGGUCUAGACACUCCUUUCUUAAUCGAUUACUCAGGAGUUUACGUCAGGAGAGAGGGGUUAGGUGGGAACUACAUCACCGGGGCCUCGCCAGAGGAGUUUGCACUGGUUGUGUGUCCUCAGGCGGCAGAGCCAGACGUCAGUAAUCUAGAGGUGGACCACAGUUUCUUUGAGGAGAAUGUCUGGCCUCAUUUGGCCUUUCGAGUUCCUGCUUUCGAGAAACUUAAGGUGACCAGUGCUUGGGCAGGUUUCUAUGACUACAACACCUUUGACCAGAACGCAAUCAUCGGUACGCACCCCCUGAUCAACAACAUGUACUUCGCCACGGGCUUCAGCGGCCAUGGCCUGCAGCACUCGCCUGCGGUGGGUCGCGCUGUGGCGGAGCUGAUUCUGGACGGAAACUAUAAAACGCUGGACCUGAGCUGCUUCAGUUUCAACCGGAUUCUGACGCAGGAACCCAAGCUGGAGAGGAACAUCGUAUAGCUGAGCCGAACCCUGAUAUCAUAUCUUUCACAUCCUGCCGAAGCCAAAUUAUUAUAACUACCGUAAUGUCUUAUUCUUGUAGCUGGGAACAUAACUUUAAUGACAAUUGAUUUAUGAGAUCUGGGUAGUAUAAUUUCUACAAUCCAGAUAAGCAAAAGCAAAACCUCAGUGAUUUAAGAAAAGGCCCAAAUAUGGCACAUUUCCAGCCUUCAGGAGCUGCGGGAAUUAUGUCUCCUGACCAUUUGGGACUGCAAAGAGCUCAGAGUGGAUAGAUGUCUCAGGAUAUUAUUAGACAUCCUGCCAGGUAGUGACAAAAACAGGUGGAAAGGUGCAAAAGAAUACACUGACAACAUCAGUGAGAAGAAAUAUAAAAUAAAUAAUUAAAAAUAAAUAAUAGAAAAAUAAUGAAAGGGCCUUUAAAAGAUUCGUCUUUAAAGAUUUUAGCACAGUUCUCACAACAGCAGGCUCAGAGAACAUAUAUUUGGUUCUUUAAAUUAGAUUUGUCAUAGUGUGAUCUCUCUGAUGUGUCACUGAAAGACAUAAAUGAGUCCCGUAUCUUAAAGUUUUUCUUAAUGUUUUUUUUUGUCUGAUGUGUGAUUUAGUUAUUAAAAUUAAAUUAUUUGGCUUAGAGCUGUCACAGCCUCAGAUCAAGCGUUGAAUUGAGUGGGCACCGUCAGCCGGUCACGUGGCCACGCCCUGCUUAUCGCCGGGAUGAGACCAAAGGUGUGGUGAACUGAAUUAUCCUUUAAUUUCGACUUUUUCUGUGCAUAUAGAACAUUUUUUAAAUCAAGAGUUUUAUUCUUUUAAAUGAUCAUUUGAUUUCAUUUAAUAAUGAACCCUACUGGCAGCACCAGUAUCUUUUAUUAGUCUGAUUUCAGAGGCAAUAAUCUUGCUUUCUAAAGAAAUCAGUAGGAGGAACCACUGAGAAUAAAGUGGAAGGAAGAGAUGCUUCUUCAUUAGAAGACAAAAAAUAUGCAUGGAGGUGAGCCAGCAGCUGACUCACUCCUGAUAUAGAAUAACAGGAAUAACUUCUGCUUUCCAGAUUUCCACUGAACUCGGCUGUUUGGUACCGUUAUGCAGUCGGAACGUGCAAAUUUAGAGUGAAACAUCAUCAGAUGCAUAUGUGCUGUCCCAUGCAAGGGUUUAACUGUGGUACUUUUAACAGCUUUAUAUACUUUUUGUGUAUUUUUCUAAUUUGAUCAAUAUACUGUAAGUGUGUUGUAUUGAUCAGUGUAAUUACAUUUUUAUCAAUA